AUGGGUGGCCAGCCGUCUAGACCAAUCACUGCCGCGGAGAGCGAGAAGCUCAUACUGGAGCGUCUGAGAAGCUUCAGGUUGGAGGAGGGAGAGGCCCUAAGCGCCAAAGUUCAAGUUGGUGGCGAUGGGGAGAAGACGGAGGCUGAGGAGACGGAGGUUCAUGGACAGGCCAGGCGGGAGCCCGAGGGCCUGCCCGUCUCGUCGCUUGAGCUUUGGAUCGACAGUUUGAUGAGGGAUCCCAAGAACAGACUGGCCCAUGCCGCGCUGAGCUCGUCAGAUCCCCGCCAGGCUCUCACCACGCGCUCCUCCAAGGUGGCCAACCAGCACGUCUUCAACGUCCAGAUCCCGUUCGAGGGCGACCC